GGGAGGGAGUGGAGGAAGCAGGGAGUGGGAGAAAAAGGGUGAUGUCACCUCUCCCCAUCAGCCAAUCAGAGCGAGGGAGGGAGAGCGCAAGUAGGAGAGGGUGUGUUUUUGUAUCACUGCAGCAUCAGCGCUAGAGAGCGAGAGAGCACAAUCACUCACACAGAGAGGAGGAGGGAGAAGACCCAGAUUAGAGGGGAAAGCAAGACGCAGAGUUAGCCAAGGAGGGAGUGAAACCUGGGGCCAUCUUUCUUUCUUAAACCUGUGGAGGGAAGAGCCAGCAGGGGGGAGUGGACCUGAGAAGAGAAGAGAGACGACAGAAAAAAAAACAAAAAAAACAAACAGAGCUGAAGAGAAAAGAGAAAGAGAAAAAACAAGAGGUCGGGAAGGAGUGCCAACUGGAGCAGGAAGAGGGGGAUCCCAAACGCCCAGUGAGAGAACGAGAGGAAGCGAGGGAGGGAGGGAGUGAGUGAGCAAACGAGUGGAGAGAGAGAGAGAGAGAGAGAGAGAGAGAGUUCACAGGAGCCUGCUCAUCACUGCAUGCGUGAGUCGGUGUGGGAGCCACCGUGCGUGCGUGCGUGUGUGUGUUUGUGUGUGAGAGUGCGCGCGCGUGAGCGUGCGUUUAAGACUGCGAGAGCAGGUGCAAGUUUGAUGGGACAGUGAGCAAUGCCUACCAGCAUGCCAGGACAGCCGGUUGGCAGCAGGGGGCGCUGCACACCUCUGCUGCUCCCCCUCCUCCACCUCCACCUCCUCCUCCUCCUCCUGGCCCUCACCAGCAGACCUAGCCAGGCUGCCAUCGACAUUCCCCCGAACUACCAAAUACCCGACUUUAAGAAGCCGCCAGAGAUCACUGCCCAGCCAGAGUCGAUCACUGCCUCCUCUGACAUCACACUCACCUGCGAGGCUUCUGGGAAUCCCGAGCCCACUUUUCGAUGGGAGAAAGACGGCAGUGAAUUCGAUCUCUCCAGUGAUCCUGACCUCAAGGUGACGCCCGGUACCGGCACAUUCCAGGUCACCGCAGAAGACCAGCCCAUCAGCCUGUACAGUGGCAACUACACGUGUUUCGCUUCUAACGAGCUUGGCACCGCCGUCUCGAAUGAGGUCCAGAUCACUACAGAGAAUCCUCCCACCCUGCAGAAAGAGAAGAAAGUCCAGUUCAAAGUGGAGGAGGGAGAGAGUGUGGUCCUGCGCUGCAACCCUCCAGCCAGCAUCAUCCCUCCACACAUCCACUGGAUGGACGACAAGCUGCAUCACAUCCAGCUGAACGAACGUGUGACCAAGGGCCUGGACGGGAACCUGUACUUCGCCCACACCCUGGUGGAGGAUAGCCGCAAUGACUACACCUGCAACAUGCGUUACAUGAGCGCCCGCACCAUGUUCUCCAAGGAGCCUAUCACCCUCGUCGUCAAACCCUCUAAUUCAGUGGUGCGAAAUCGAAGGCCUCAGAUGCUCAGACCCAUGGGCACCCAGAGCUCGUACCACGUCCUGCGGGGCCAGACCCUGGAGCUGGAGUGUAUCGUCCAGGGCCUCCCAACUCCCACCCCCCAGUGGGUGAGGAAGGACGGGGAGAUGUCAGAGACGCGCAUCUUCCGGAAGAACAACGGCACGCUGCUGCACUUCAGCCAGGUCCACGAGGCCGACGCGGGCCAGUACCAGUGCACGGCCAGCAACUCCCAGGGGACGGCCACUCACGUGUACUCCAUCGCCGUGGAAGCGGCUCCGUACUGGAGGAAAGAGCCCGUGAGCCAGCUGUACGCCCCGGGGGAGACGGUGCGUCUGCACUGCGAGGCCGACGGCAUCCCCAGUCCCCGAGUGGCCUGGAGCAUGAAUGGAAACCCUCUCUCAGAAAUAGACCCCGACUCCCGGCGCAGCGUGCGAGCAGGAGUGCUCACCCUGAAGAACGUGGACUACAGCGACACGGCAGUGUUCCAGUGCAAGGCCACCAACAAACACGGCAGCAUUGUGGCGAACACCUACGUCUACGUUAUCGAACUCCCCGCGCAGAUCCUCACUCCAGACCGCAACCCCUACACUGUCAUCGAGGGACAGAUGGCGGAGAUGGAAUGCAAGAGCUUUGGCUCACCGCGGCCCGUGGUGACAUGGGAGAAUGAGGACUUUGAAUCCCUCCUAUCAUCCCCGCGAGUGACUCAGCUGAGCGGAGGCUCCCUGCAGAUCAGUAACGUAUCCCACGGUGACAGCGGCCUGUACACCUGCUCCAUUCCCAAGGCCAACAUAUCCAUCAGUGCAGAGCUGGAAGUGUUCAACAGGACAGUGAUCGUCUCGCCGCCCCUGGAGCUGAGGGUUCAGCGAGGCAAGUCGGCCAUCUUUACCUGCAUCGCCAAGGUGGACCCCAAACUGGACCACCAGCUGCUGUGGAGGCGUGCCGGGCAGAAGCUGAUUGACUCAUCCGUCGAUGACAAGUACACCUUCGCGGAUCCAGACCUCGUAGUGGCAGACGUCCAGCAGGAGGAUGAGGGCGUUUACACCUGUGAGAUCAUCACGGAUUUGGACAUGGCACAGGCCAGUGGCUCCAUCGCCAUAGUCGACUUUCCGGACCCUCCAUCUCGGCCUCAGAUCACCACCCCGAAGGACCGCGGCGUGACGCUCAGUUGGACGCCAGGAGAUGAACACAACAGCCCUGUCAUAGAGUUUCAGAUUGAGACUGAGGUGACAGCAGUGGAGACAGACGAUUGGAGGCUGUUGAGGACUGUGGCAGGGGACACGCUGCGUGCCCACAUUGAUCUGCGACCUUUCCUAUCCUAUCGCUUCCGGGUCGUCGCCAUUAACGACGUUGGGAUGAGCAAGCCAAGCCCAGCCUCGGUUGUCCACUCCACCCCUGCGGCAGCGCCAGACAGCAAUCCUGUGGGGGUGCGGAGCCAGUCUAUGGACCCGGACACACUUGUGAUCAGAUGGGAGGAGAUGGACCAGCAGAACUUCAACGGCCCCGAGUUCCAGUACAAAGUGAUGUGGAGACGGGUUGUGGGCGCUGGCCCCGCAUGGAACUCCAACUUCACCACGUCGCCGCCGUACGUGGUCACCGGGGUGGGCAACUACACCGCCUUCGACAUCAAAGUGCAGGCGGUCAACGGCAUCGGCCUGGCCCUGGACCCUGUGCCCACCAUUGGCUACUCUGGGGAGGACGUUCCUCUGGAGCCUCCCAUGGAUGUGGGAGUGGCAUUGAUUAACAGCACGACCAUCAAGGUCACCUGGGCCGCCAUCGAGAAGGACACCGUCAGAGGACACCUGCUUGGCUACAAGAUCCACCUAACCAACCGCGGGCCCAGGAGCAGACACCACCAUGAGGAGCCCGCCAGGCGGGCGAGGGAACUGCAGAACAGUGUGGUGGUGGUGGGCCCCACGGAGCAGAAGAAGGUGGUGGGGGAGCUGCAGCCAUACUCACGCUACACCGUCAGCGUUAGCGUCUUCAACAUGAAAGGAGACGGACCCGCCUCCGAACCCUUCGUCUUUCAUAUGCCAGAGGGAGUACCCAGUCCACCAGUCUCCCUUGAACUGGACAGCCCAUCAGAGACAGAGAUGACUCUGCGCUGGAGGCCACCUGCUCAACCCAAUGGCGUCCUGACUGGCUACCUGCUGCAGUACCAGCAGAUUGUAGAGACUGAGGACAGCCCUAUGCAGGUUGAGCCCAUUGACAACCCGAAGGUCACCAACGUGACCCUAAAACAGCUGGACCCCCACAGCCGAUACCGCUUUCAAGUGCGGGGGCGCACCAGCGCAGGGGAGGGUAAACCCGCCACCAGGGAAGGGGCCACAACGCUUGAUGGAGUGCCUUACUCCCCUGCCAACAUAAGCGUUUCUGUCGGAGAGACGUCUGUGAACCUGAGCUGGGCGUCAGGGGAGAGACACAGGAAUGUCGGCUUCCAUGUCCGUUACCUCAAUAAGAACGGCCCAGGCUGGGGGAAAUGGGUGCUGUCGGAGAAACUGGACUCCUCCCAGUCCUUCUAUCAGCUGCAGGGCCUGCAGCCUGGCUCUGGGUACAGACUGGUCUUCAUCUACAACAACGCCACCUUCUGGGAGACGGAGGUGCACACUGAUGGCGCAGGCGUGAUGCCGGUGCAGGGGGGCUUUGCCACGGAGGGCUGGUUCAUCGGGCUGGUGACCGCCAUCGCCCUGCUGGUGCUGCUGCUGCUCAUCCUCUGUUUCAUCAAGAGGAGCAAAGGGGGCAAAUACUCAGUCAAAGAUAAAGAAGAAGGCCACGUAGACUCCGAAGCCCGACCCAUGAAGGAUGAGACGUUUGGAGAGUACAGAUCCCUAGAAAGUGACAAUGACGAGAAGCGCACCGCCAGCCAGCCGUCCCUGUGCGACGACAGCAAGCUGUGCAGCGACGACGGCAACCUGGACGACUACGGCAACAGCAACAGCGUGCAGACGGAGGUGAUCAUGGACGAGUCUCUGGCUAGCCAGUACAGCGGCAUCCGAGACAACGUGCCUGAGACCGAGGCCCCAGACAGCUCGUCGCUCGACCCCCCCACAUACACCGCCGCCAAUCAGGGGCUACCGAUCUCAUCUGCCUUUUUAGAUUAAAGGAACAGUGUGUGAAAGACCAGACCAAACAUGGAUUCACAUUUGUGCCCACUAUUCCAUACUGACUACUGAAUUAACCCAUCACAGCAUCAGACUGGUGGCAGGCACCAGUGCAUGCGCCAAUACACCUGAAGCCAAGUUGUUAGCAGACACAAGCUACAAGUUUAAAAUGCUGUGACUGACUUCAGACUGUUUAGACAUGACCUAAACUUUAGACCUGCACUGACUCUCUUCACAACCAACACUCUGCAACAGGGAAUCUAGAGACCGCUAUCAUGGACACACAGACAGACAUAUACAUAGGCACACAUACAAGAAACACACAGGCCCCCCACACACACACACACACACACACACACACACACACACACACACAAACACAAACACAUACUCACACAGGUGUGUACAAAAUCAUAGUCUUGACAUGUCAUAAUCUUGACGACUUGUUUUCUGUCUGUGUGUGUGUGUGUGUGUGUGUGUGUGUGUGUGUCCAGUGCAGGAGGUUACAGUUCUGACUGACUGACAGCCACUGACAUCCGAUUCUCCAUCUCACUCAACUCAUUCGAAGGGACAUCUCCAUCAUGUGACAGAGCAGUUAGACCCCUAUGCUGGACACCAAAUGCAGCCACAGGGCUUCAGCUGUGAACAGGUUUAGGAGGUAGGGGACAGUGGGACAGUGGAACGGACAGCCAUAGAACGUGGGCCUUAAUAUUCUGAUAAGUGUAUCAUGCAAGCAUACAGACAGCACAAGCUAUGAAUUGUGAGAUUUAGCCUACUUAUGUUCUCAGUAAGUGUAUGCUACCAUGUUAUUAUCUCAGUGCAAGACUUUUAAAUACAGUUGUCUGUAAUGUUGUUUUACCGACUUAUAAUUUAUUUUUUUACUCGAAUGCAUUGUUUUAUUUUUUCUCUGAAUCAUCCCUUUAGAUAGUUUGCUUUCAUUUCCCAAGUACCUCAAGGAACGAAAAAAAAAAGAAGAGUUAAAAAAAAAACCUUACUGAAAUGAAGUUACAUAUUGUACAUAGUUAGGCUGCAAGAGAAAACUUGACUGACAUGAGAAUACUUUAUAGCAAGCUGUACAUAGUCACAUGUAUUGAUUUAGUCAUAAAGUACAGUAUUAUAGACAUAGACGUCAUCCCUUAUCAGUUCCUGUGCCUGCUGACAUUCCCAAAAGCAAACGCAUCUCACCUUCUAAAUCAUUCAUGUGGUGUCAGGUACCAUGCUGUCACUUCUUUUGUGUAGUCCUCUAUGUCUGUCUUUGUCUGUUUCUAUUGUAUACUGAGCAGUGUAUUAAACAAUGUGUACUGACAAACCCUCUCUCUCGGUCCUGUUGGUGUAAAGCCAUAGAGAUACGCACUUAAUUGUGUACCGCAGCACAAGGCAGUAUUUUGUUGAAUAGGGUUAUGAGAGAUUGCAUUUCACACACACACACACACACACACACACACAUACAUAAACACACACACUUUCAAGAUGUUACACUUUUUUGAUUAGACUUAAAUCACAAUCAUUUAUGUAAUGGUUACCAUGUAUGUCUAGCAUUGAGAAUGUAUGCAUUUGUGGGGCUUGGGAUGAAUCGUCUCUUUACCGAUAUACCAAAUACCACUUCUUUUGUUUUUUAAUUGGUCUAAUGGUGUAAAAAUGAGGGGGUGGGUGGGUUUUAAAAGGCAGUGCUUAUGUGGUUUACCUGUUAAUUUGUAAUAAAUCAACGUAAUUCAAAACAAACAAAAAACAAUGCUUGUAUGGGAACUACAAGAGGGCAAAUUGGUGAAGGUCCUCAUAUCUCUUUGAAUGUAAAUAUAACCCAAAUGAUUGUGUUAUAUAUUCAGUUGUUUUACAGCUAUUUUGUGUUGCCAAUAGAUUUUUUUUAAUAUGCUUUUUUAUUAUUAUUAUUAAACAUUGUUAAACAUGUUACAUGUGACAUGGAUGUUUCCAGAAAAAAGUAGUGAAUAGUUUAUAAAAGUCCAGAAAAAAAGAAAGAAAAGGAACACAUUCUUCCACCUAUCCUCACAAUACAUGUUGACAUUGUCAAGGGAUAAAAAAAUGAAACCGUGAAACACCCUUGUUUGUUAUGUUGCUUUCUAGUAGCUCCUAAGCUGCAGUAUUGUGUGUAUCUGUUAACCGAGAUCCAGUUUCUGCUGAAGCAGAGGCGCAAAGAGGGGUGCAGCAGCCUGGUCCGCACACAAUUGCACCCACACGCUCAACAGGGAGCAUUGGCGAAGUGCUGACACACACACAAACACACACAAACACACACAAACACACACACACCGUUCCAACUGUGGCCCGCUGACAUCUCAGCCAUGGUCGCAAGUCCUGGGGGAUAUUAUGGGAUUGAUCCAGAUUAGACUGUCAGUUAUAGGGUGGUGUAGCGGCAUACGCUCAGCCCAACACGUGUUUGCUGUGAAAGACAUGCUCAGGACAAAUACUUCUACAAAAAAAAACUCUAUUUUCAUAUUGGAAUAAGUAACGAUGCGAAGCUAUGCCAAUAUUCUACCAGUCUGCUGCUAGAGGUCUGUGUUGUGAGUGUUGGGGCAAAAUGUUGAGGGCUACGCCUGAGGGGACGAAUGCAUUACAGAUAUACACUAUACUGCCUUUUCUCUGUUGGCUUCCUUUGCUUUGGAGGAGCUCGAUUGAUAGCCACUCCUCUUUUAGGGCCUUUUCUAUAUUUACAGGAGAAAACUGGAAAAAAAAAAAAAAUGGAAGAAAAAAAAAAGAAUGACACAGUUGUGAAAGUGACUGAGCACCAGUGGCUUGAGUGAGUGGAUGUAGUGUUUGCAGUGUUACCAGAGUGUGGGUGAAGGGGAGGCUUGUGUGUGUGUGUGCCAGUCUGUGUGGGCAUAUCCCCUUACAUUGUGCGUUGGGUUUGUCUGUGCCACAGGAGGGGUGGGAGUGCCUGGCAGCUGGAGAGCUGGAGGAAGGGAGAGGAGGGAGAGGAGGGAAGGAGGAAGGGGAGGGAAGGUUCGCUUUGUGUUUGCUUUUUCUUUUCUGAGGAAGAAAUGAUUAUUGUACUAGUGUGAUGAAUAAGCCACUGUAAUUACGUAAUAAAUAAAUAAAAACCCUUGGAACAAUCUCAA